GAAUAAUCUGUGACUUAAUAAUCCGUGCUUGACAUUGUGUGACAAACAAAAUCAAUGGCCUCAACCAAAACUUUUACUUUUGAGGAAGUUUCCAAACACAACAACAAAAAAGAUUGUUGGAUUAUGAUCCAUGGAAAGGUGUAUGAUGUGACCCCAUUUUUGGAUGAUCAUCCAGGUGGUGAAGAAUCUUUAAUUUCAUCAACAGGGAAGGAUGCUACUGUUGAUUUUGAAGAUGUAGGUCAUAGUGACUCUGCAAUAGAUAUGAUGCACAAAUACUGUAUUGGAAUGGUCGACACGUCGAACAUUCCAACUGAAGAUAAGUCCAUUCCUCCUCCACCUCCGCCUACACAAGCACGCAAUAAUCGUGAUCAAUCGUCGGGAUUUGUUGCAAAAGCAUUGCAAUUUAUGUUACCGUUACUGAUAUUGGCCUUUGCAUUUGCUAUGCAACAUUAUGGAAAAAAGAAACAAGUCAGUGACGCAUAAAAUAUGAAAAAUGAUGUGUAUGAAUCAUAUUUAUUACUCUAGCCAACACUAUACUAGCUGAUCAUUUAAACUCAAUUUGUUUAAUAUCUUGUAUUUGAAUAUUUUGAACUGGAUUUUAUUAUGAUUAUUGAUUAGCUUACAUGUUAUUGAUAAUUAAA